AUGUCAACCUUUCACGUUAUAAAGCAACUAGAGGAUAAAAAUGUACAAAACGAAAUUAAUGUUAUGGUCUGGAGUGACCGAAUGGACCUUGUUGCACUUUCUAACAUAAAAGGGGAGGUAGCACUACAUAGAUUAUCAUGGACUAGAGCCUGGAGUCUGAGUCCACCUAAAGAAAAUUUGCAAGUAAAUGCAAUUGCUUGGAGGCCAGAUGGUAAAGUUUUAGCAGUCGGCUACGAUUCGGGAGAGGUUUUAUUAAUUGGCAUAGAAAAUAAAAAAACCCUCAAUGUCAAAGAUGCAAGAACAGAAAUUACUUGUUUGGCAUGGGUUCAAGAAAAGGUUGAAACAAAAUUAAAGGAUACUUUCACAUUGAAAGAAGAACCUCCUAAAAAUUAUAUGAAAUAUAUAGACCUAUCAAAAUUAUAUUUAAGAGACCCAGUACCAAAUGCAUCUUUAGACUCUUCAAAUUCGGAAGAAGCAAAGGAAACAAACUUUCUUCAAGAUCAAACCGAGUUAAAUUUGUUAUUAGUAGGAACAAAAGAUGGCUAUGUGCAUAUUAGAGUUUUUGGCUGUUUUACUUGCUCAAUUUUAAACAUGAAUGAAUAUUUAGGGACCUCUUGUUCUGUUGAGAACAUUCAUGUUAGUGAAGAUCUGAGUAAAAUAUUUAUAACAGUUAAAGAUGCAGAACACAAUAUUAAAAUAAUUGUAUUAAAUGGUCAGAUUUUUAAAACACAUACUCAGGAGUUGUUUUGUGUGGCUAUUAAGUACGUUAAAUUGGUAGAUUUGGUUAAAUAUUUAACUAAUACAAUUGCUAACAUCACAGAAACAUGGGAAAGCUUUUUGCUAGAAAUAGAUCAUAAACUCUCAAAAUAUGCUAAAAAAGUACCUGAAGGUGGUGUAACAGCUGAUUUUCUUGAUCUACUGACAUUUGGUAUCUGUUCUCCCGAAUUAGAAGAGUUUCUCAUAACAGAUCUUACAAAGAAAGGCUUAGAAAAGUUUGGACAAACCAUUGAGAUGAGUUAUGCCAAUAUACAGAAAUUACUGUUAAAGAAUGUUACUAAAUUCGGUCAGAAUUUGAGUUAUCAUCUUGCUGAGUUGAGGGGCAUGGCUAGACUGGAACAUAGAUAUGAUGUUAUAGGACUAAAAGAAGACCAAAUAACCAAAGCCAUACAGUCAAGUGGUGCUUUUCUGAUAAAAGCAGGAGAAAUGCAACAAAUUAUUAACCAUUCUGUGAUCAAUUACAAAGCUUUCUUCAGGUGGUUAUAUGGAGCCAUUUUGUUUUUAAUGGAUGAGACUGUACCAACAGAAAUACACAAAAUUACCCAGCAAGAUUUGGCAUAUAUCACAGAGUUUCUUCAGAAUUUUGAUCACAUAGGCAAUAAAGAUGGUCAAAACACUAAAGGUUUUAUUAUGGAGCGCCUAGGUCAAUACUUAGCCGACGCUCCAUUAGUAGUUCUCCCCAAUAUGGACGGCAACGAUUGGACAUCCUUCCUAUCCGAAAACGAAUGCAUCCAAAAUCACCCAAGCAUUUUACAACACUACAAAAACACCUCUUUAAUACAACAAUUCAAAGAAUUGGCGGUCAAAAUUUACGAUAUUUUUGACGCCCCUAAAACGGCCUUACAAGUAAAAUUCAAGCCUAUUUAUAUUUUCGAUUGUUUCAAUUUUGGGGAGGUAAAUUUGAGAAUGUCAAGUAUUAAUAUUACCAAGGAAAUGAUUCUGUUCGCCUUUCUGCAACCGUCUACGCAAUUUUUUUUACUGCAAGUUCACAUAACGGAUGAUAAGUGCUUAGCUCGGUGUGGUAAAUUCCAUUUCACACAAUUAACCGAGGAAAGCCCUCAAAUUUACGAUAUUCUGGACGUGGCUUUUUAUUCGAACAAUAUCCUUUCGCUGCUUCUGCAAGACACCACUGGAUAUAAGUCGGCGACGAUAUUACAAUUCCCGUUGGCUCCUGCUUUAGAAAAACUCGUUGAAAUUGAUAUAGCAGUGGAUAUCAGCAAAACGGCUCUUCCGAAUUCGAAUGGAUCAGUGGUCACGCCUAAAUUAUUUAAAAACACCGAAAUGGCAGGGUCUGUCUUUGCAGUGUCAGGUAGCAGAAGAGUCGGUAUAGUGUUAUCUGAGAAUAAGAGGAAAAUAAAAUUGUUUGAAAUGGAAGCUGAGGAAGAGGACGAAGAAGACGCGGAUAUGAGCAGCAGUAUUAUCAAAGAAGACGUCAGCAUGCAGGAGAAUGCGGUUGAAUGA